AGAUGGCGGAAAAACAACUGAAAUCUCCCUAACAGCACCUGAAAACAUGUCCAAAUUUUGAUUAUUUUGGAAGAGAAAAGAUCGUUAUAAAGAUGCGGAGAGGACCAGGAGGAGUUGGAGCAAUUAACAGACAACGUUUGGCGAGGGAGAAGUAUGCUACAAAGGGAACAGAAAUAGCAGACAUUCAACUGUCCCAAAUGGGGAAACAGCUAGAUUCCUUCAAGACAUCACUCGAAGACUUCGCGGGGAAGUACAAACAGGAGAUUAAGAAGAACCCUGAGUUUAGAGGCCACUUUCAGCAGAUGUGUGCUCGCAUCGGUGUCGACCCUCUGGCAUCAAGCAAAGGUUUCUGGGCAGAGCUGCUUGGUGUUGGAGAUUUCUACUAUGAGCUUGGUAUCCAAAUUGUUGAAAUCUGCAUGGCAACAAGGUCACGGAAUGGAGGCCUGAUGACAAUGGAUGAGUUACACAAGAAAAUUCUCAAGACUAGCAAAUCUAGACAAGAUGUAUCUGAGGAUGAUUUGGCACGUGCCAUCAAAAAGCUACAUGUAAUGGGAAGUGGCUUCCAGAUCAUACCAGUCGGUACCAAACGGCUCGUCCAAUCAGUGCCAGGAGAAUUGAGCAUGGAUCACACUGCUGCUCUUCAGCUCGCACAGGGUACAGGGUGCACAUCUGUAUCAUUCAUAAUGAAGGAUCUAGGAUGGGAUGCUGAUCGCACAAAGAGAGUUUUGGAUCACAUGGUUCAUGAAGAGAUGGCCUGGGUUGACGACCAAGCACCCAAUGAAAGAUUAUACUGGUUUCCAGGUCUCUUCCCAGAAACAUAGCCUACUGAAUUGAAGCCAUAUAGAAGAAUAUCAAUUAAAUGUAACCCAUUGUGAACUUAAAAUAUCUAUUGUAGUGGCAAUUCCCAAGAAUCAGGUCAUAAUUCUUAAUAAUUUCCAUUGUGUCACUGUGUAAUUAAAUUACAAGACCAAUUUACAAGGUGGCAGUGUAUGUGGUGUUUUGCAAAUGACAAGGUAAUUAGUGCACACAUUUCAUCCUUCUUAGAUGUCAGCUCUAAUUCAGAAUCACCUUCUGGUUACCAAUAAUUCAAGCUAUGAUCAGUGAAGUAUUCAAUUCAAUGCUACCUAUUUAAACUCCUUGAUGAAGAGGGGUACUGUGAGAGUGACAAGUAAACCAAGAAAGGGAUCAAAAUCAGCCAUGAUUACUCUGUCAAGAUCAUUGCAACCUGUCU